GCCAAAAAGGCUCCUUUGAAUUGAUUCUCUGAAAAAAGGUUUGUUGUUUAUAUUCACAAAACCUUCUUCUCUCCCCAACUGCAAGACCAUGGCUUCUCGCAAGCUUACCUGUUAUCUUCUGCACCAUUCUCUCUCACCAAAACCAUUUCCUCUCACUUCCCGAAUUCUUCACCAAAGAUCACUAUUCAUAUCCGAUCACAUUCACAACCAUGAAAAAUCACCCGCCCUUCCGUCUCUGGAUCAAGUUCAUCAUCUAAGAUCUCUUCAAAAAGUCCCAGAAAAUCCCAAAACCCAUAACGUUUCAUCUGAUUACGGCCGAGUUUUGGUAAAUCGAUACGCACGUUCAAGCCCGAGGUCACUCAAUCAUCAUCAAUCGCUGUUAAACCCCUUUCAAAACCCUAAUGCAAUUACCACGAAUAUCAGAUUUCUAUCCACCCCCGCUCCCAAUCAAUCACCACCAACCAAUGGAAAACCAGAAACCCCAACUGAAAAACCCAGCGAGAAUCGAGAAUUCAAGCACCAAGAAAUCACCGGUCCGACUGUGGAUCGAGAUUUAUCGGCGCUGGCCAACGAGACGCGGGAAGUUCUGGAGACGAUGAUGAAGACUGUUUACAGCUUGAGCAAAGUCUUAGCCGGUUUAGGAUUGGUACACCUCUGUUUUGGAGCUUGGAUGUCGUACAGUAUGCGGGGAUCGCCUCUUCUGGAGGUGUCGAUUCAGAGCUUGCUGGCGUUUGGGCUGCCAUUUUCGGUUGCCUUCAUGCUGAGGCGAUCGUUGAAGCCAAUGUACUUCUUCAAGAAGAUGGAGGAGCAAGGCAGGCUGCAGAUUCUGACCCUUACUCUUCAGGUUGCCAAAGGUUUGAAUACUUUUUUCGUGCGUGUUCGUGGCGUUACGUAUCUAUGCAUUACUGGUGCAUCAAUUAGUUUGAUAUACGCUGUGGUAUGUAGAUGAUUGUUUACUUGGAUGAGACUAUGAAAUUGGGAAAGUUCUGCUUAGUAUUGUUUGUUGGGUUUUUUGGAACAUAUGCUAGUCGUUUAUCACUGGAUUAGCUUAUUUUUAUCUGACUAAGAAGAAGUGGUAACAGAGAUAAUUGCUUCUUAUCUAUGAGGCAAAUUUUAGCAUAUGUUCA